UACCCAGUUAUACACCUGAGUGAUGAGAGACACUGUGAGAGUAAAGUGUCUUGCCUAAGAAGACAACUAACGUAGUAAUCUCGACUAACCAUGACGCACCUCGUCUCCCAUAAAACCUAAAAAAUUGUAUUCUAAAACCAAGGAAAAUAUAGACAAAGCGCUGAAAGGCUAUUUUUACCACUAGUGACUGAAAUUAUGAAAAAUAAAUAAAGAAAGAAAGAAAGAAAUAAAUAAAUAGAUAAAAACAAGGCGCCGUCGAAUUCAACACAACUGUAACAAAAGAUCAGGAACGGUACCAUGCCAAGAAUCCCUGGACACAGUCCAAGAAUCCCUCGAAGAAUCAGGGAAACACGCACUUUCGAAAGUGUGCGACUCCGGAGACGGAUGGUUGAAAUUCAUGACAUUCACCCUAAAACUAAACAUUUCACUGCUUUAAUUUAGCGUGCUUUUGAUCUUGGCAAGAUUAAAUUUGGAUAUUUUAAUUUCUUCCGACGGGUACAUUAUUUUUGCUUGUCACCCAUCUUGUCACGUAAUUUUAAUAUUACGUAACGUGAAAACAAGUCACAGCAUGCAAAUUAAUUUCUUUGUUGACAACGCUGAUUCAAAACGGUAUGCAGCAACCCUCGAGAUACUUCAGGUACUUCGGUCGCACCAUUGGCUUCAACUGCCUUUUAGUUUUCUCUCUUUUAUUCGUUUAAUGACUAAAGCCUCCCUAUCGUCCGUCACGACAAAAUGGUCUAGAAUUCGACGUGGAUGUAUUGCACAGAGGACAAAACAGUCCGAAUAUUGUAACAACAACAAUGGACACCUACAAGAAUCCGACGGAGGUCGAAAUGAAUAAACUCGUUCUUCCAACGCACACAAACGAGCGGCAAGAAAACUGCCUCGGUGGUGGACAGCUGCUGAAAUGGAUGGACGCCGCCGCGUGUCUGUCGGCCGAGAAACACGCUGGAACCUCGUGUGUGACGGCCUCCAUGGACGAACUCUAUUUUGAACAACUGAUCUAUGUCGGCCAAGUUGUUAAUCUCACAGCGCGGGUCAAUCGCGCGUUCAACACAAGCAUGGAAGUUGGAGUGAAGGUACAAGUGGAAGAUUUACUCCGUGGCGAGGUUCAAAAAGUUUGCGAAGCUUUCUUCACUUUCGUAGCCUUGGAUAAGGACAACCGAAAACAGCAGUUGACCCCUGUUGUCCCUUUUACGGAGGAAGAAAAAUCACAAUACGCGCUCGCUAACGAGAGAAGAAGAAUGCGGAUUCAGUAUCCAGUGAACCUGAAAGAGCUUGCAAAGAAGCAGGAUAACAAUGGAGGCAAUGAAAUGUGCACGGUAACGGAGAAUCAUCAAACACAGACAGCUGGUGGAGAGAUUGCUGCCGUCAAGACUUCCCUGGAAAGCGUUGAGCUGGUCCUACCUCCGCACGCUAACCACCAUAAGACAGCAUUCGGUGGUCAAGUCAUGGCUUGGAUGGAGGCUGCCUGCACAAUCACGGCUACCCGCCUGUGCCGGUCACACCCACAGCUGCAAGCUGUCGACGAGGUCAAGUUUCGCGGACCCAUCAAGGUGGGGGAUCGGGUGAUCAUCAAGACGAGGGUGAACAAUACGUAUGACGUACACAUGGAGGUGGGAUGCCGUGUGGAGGCGUAUUCCAUCGGCGGUGAAGUGCGACACGUCAAUAGUGCCUUCUUGAUCUUUGUAGCUCCGAGGCGUGAUGAUGGGAGAGGAGGCCUGAAGAUGUUGCCACAGUUGCAGAUGGAGACCGCCGAAGAAAAACGACGCGCCGUGGAGGCUAUGGCAAGGAAACGCCUGCGUUUUGAGAGGGAGCAGAUCCGUAGAUCUGUCGGGCCUGUGAUCGCCAUACCUUGGAGUCCACGCAUUAGUCAGUUGCUGAACUACAAUAACAUAGAAGCGUUGGUGAAGCUAUACCAGCUAACGAAAUGGGAAGAUGUACAAUCUUCUUCUGGUGUCACGCUAUCCAAGUGUGACAUUGACAAUUACCUCUGUGUGAAGGUCAAUUAUUCUAUCCAGGUCCGUCCUGAAGUUGUUUUCACGUUGCUUAGCGACGAACUUGCUCGUAAAGAAUGGGAUCCUCUUCUGAUGAAAGUGGAAGUGGUAGAAAAGGUUGAUGAUGGCGAUGUGAUUCUCCACAUGGUUCUAAAGAGCAUGAUGCCUAACGCUACGCAACCAGAUGACGUGGUGUUGCUGGUGUCACGCAGGGUUCCUUGUGACGGACGAGACCACUACACCAUUGCCUACCGAUCGGUCAAAGUAACAACCCUACCCCCUUCCCCAGAGUACAAUCGUAAAGAACACCUGUGCUCUGGGAUGCUCAUCAAGGAAACUGAUGGGGAGGAGGGUACGUCGACCAUCACUUACAUCAAUCAGACAACACGUGAAUUGGAGUCAUACGUUAUGGGUGAUUUGAUGGGAGUCACGGACUUUUACGUCAAGCGAUUCAAGGAACUUGAGUCAUUUCUCUUGCAGAGGUUGUCGAGAGCUUCGGGCACUUGAUGCCUCUCUCCGUCUACUGAUCCAUUCCAGAGGCAAAGCUGAAACUCGGCCAAGCCACUCAGAGCUGAAUGAUUUUUGCUUAAUAUUUGCAAACAUGAAUUGGCUUUUCUCGAUUGAAUUUGUCGGUUGAACUGUAGUCCGCCUCACCUUUUUUUGAAAUCAAAUGGGGAAAAUACUAGCGGCAUCUCAUACAAUUCACAAGAAAGUUGUUUACAAAUCAUUUUGACAGCUCCAUUUUGAUAGCUCCGGAAACGGCGAUUUGCCACUAACUGACAGUUUCUCUUGAGACCUUAAAAUUGUCAAAAAGCUAUUUUUAUAGAGCCUCUUUCAUUAUAUUUUGCACAUUAUUGAGAACUGAAUGAAAUCCAGGUUUUGGACUGGAAAAAAUUUGUUUGAAUUCUUUGAUGUAAAAGUGUAGGAAAUACUGAAAGCAACUAUUCUUAAUGUUUAAAACCGUAAAAAUAAGGAAAAUCAACUUAAAUAAAGAUGUUUAAUGAACGAAGUAACCUAGUAUCAUUGGAGAUUCUCUCCUACGCAAAGGCUUCCAAGGGGAGGGGAGAGAGAUCAAAAGAGAGAAAAGGGGCCUUCAGGAGUGAUGGGGAAUAUAUAAAUGAGGCACUAUCUAGCUUCUCGUUUCUUCCCUUUGGAUUUUUUCUCUCCUAAUCUCCUCACGACAACAUUUGAGAAUCGUCUGUUCAUUAUUUCAUAUGAGGUAAACAAUAAUACUUUUCUUGUCGGCUAAAGAAGUUUGUUGUUUGACUCUUGAGAACAAUGUUUUUGGUUGCAUGUAUUCAAUACAAUAUAUAUUCGAAAAACGCGUACGAAACUUUCCAGUCCUCUCUACAACGGCCCCGGGAUUUUUUUUCCUAAGCGUGCGCUGAUCAGUGAUUGGUUCUACAGGGGUUCUACAUUAACCACGCUACACCGUGAUUGGCUUAAACUCGCGCCACUUUUUCAUCCAAUCAGAAAUAAAACCAAAACCCAUGGUGGCUCAUU